CCCGCUGGGGGUAUGUGCCCGGGAUGAGCCUGCUGCGAAGGGGAUGCCAGAUCCCGAUCCGAGCGGGAUGGAUGGGUGACAGCUAGGAGCGAGCAAGCGUGGUACAGGGGGAGUAAGCGGAGAAUGGUCGGGGUCACAAGCCAGGAUCAGCAGGUAGCGGGCAGCGCGGUACAGGGGGUCAGGCAGGAGGAUGGUCAGGGACGAGCCGGGGUCAGAGCAGGAGAGGGUCAGCAUAAGUCAGAACAGGCAGAGUUUGGCAACUAGGAAGCGUACUUACAGAAUCAGGA